AUGGCUAGCAUGCCUAGAAUCGGCAAAACCCGCGCCAGCCUCGAGUACCUGAAGCAUGCCGUUCAAAUGACUCGCGCAAGCGGCCAUGACACGCGAGUUGUCCCGAUUUACGUGACCUACAACCGCUGCACCCAUUUUGGCGUUUGGGAUCGUGCGCUGGGUGCUGAUCUGAGCAUUGCGUACCGUGUUUUGCUUGAAUACGCGAGCGGUAAUAUGAGUUGGCCUCGCGACGUGGUGGGCAACAUUGCUGCUGCAAUUGGAAAAGUCUCGCUCGAAGAUGCUCUGGACAUCAUUGCAAUGCACGCCAUGCAGCACAAGCCCAAUCUUGAUCAACUGCAGUGCCCUGGUGAUCCGUCGUCCAGCACGAGUCCCAGCUUGCCCGCUCUCAACUCUUCCAACCCGCCGAAAGUUAUGUUUGUGCUGAUUCUGGACGAGUUUCAACGAGCUCUGAUCAACAAGGUCGGUAACUUGGGUGAAAGCGUUCUUGAGCGUCAAGCGACCAAAAUCUUGGCCUCCAGGUGA